AUGGACACAACCUUUGGGAAUGGAGAAUGUGAAAUGUUCACCUCCCCACACCAAAAAUUUUGUGCGACUCAAACUUCACCAAGUAACAUGAAAGAGCCAGACGAGCCUGGAGUAGCGCUCAAAAACGGCCAGGGCGUGCAUUUCGACUACCACAUGCACCCGGAGGCACGAAAAGAUCUGGAAAGUACCGUUGUUGCUGGCGAAAGUCAUCUGGAAAUGCCCAUUUCCUCGAAUGGACAUAACGGAACUAUAGCUGUACCCGAAGGUUAUGGUGCAAAUUCCAAUGGAACCAGCAAUAAAAAGAAGAAAAAGAAGUCGAAAAAGCGUCACAUAGACGCCACCAUCAACGACCCCGACGCCGAAUACCCUACAUCGCGAGUAAUCAAGCAGGCACCAAAUGGCGAUGUCAUCGUGGAAAGUCUUGAAGAUGAGCACCACGAUCACCACAGCAAUCUCAGCGCCACCAUAUGGGACAACCUGACAAUCGAGGAGCAGGAGGACUUGAAGAGGUUUUGGGAAUCGUUGGAAGAACCGGAAAAAGUCAAGCUUGUCAAGAUCGACAAGAAGCUGAUCUUGGACUUGUUUCGAACAUUUUCGUCGAACCAGCAAGGAGGACAACCCACCCACCAUAGUCCUGCUUCCAGCUCCACAUCCUUGGCAGGAACCCCUCACCAUGGGUGUACUUGUAGUUCGUGUGGUCGUCGGAGCAGCAUCAUCGAAGCCGAGCUAGAGAUGAUAUACGACAAUCAUUUCGACGAUAUUAUUGAUUUUAUUCACGAAGUGCGAGAUAUCAAGGAUUUGAAUGCAUUGCCCGGGCUACUUUUCGGUGGUUUCCACAUGUUGGAAGAAGAACAUCGAAUGAAGAAAACCAGAGCCCGUCGUCGCUCAACCGACCUACAACCCCAAACCCGCAUAUCACCCAUCACUUCUUCCACCGACGGUCCUCCAGAACCCACGACAACUUCCAAUGUCUCCACCCCAAGCCACUCUGAAAGUGUUUCGUCUCCAUCUCCAUGGACGAAUGCUGUAGCUGGGCUUCUAGAAAAGUUCCUUCAAGAGAACCCCGGCGCCUCGUGGAAUAAAUGCUCGCAGCUCUUCCAGGAAAUACAAGAGGCUGGAAAUCAAGUUAAUCCCGGUAAUGGAUCUUCUGAAGGUUCUGAUCGGGAAAAUGAUGACAAAAAAACCGCUUUUCUCAAGGACUUUGGCGAGAUGAUCUCGGGGGGGUUUAACGAUAUGACUCUGGGGAAACAAGAACAGUUUCACGAAAACUUUGCCAAUGGCAUACACAAAAUUGCCAACGAUUUUCUCAAUAAUGAUGGUAAAUCGUUUGUGGAAAUGGUGGAAGCACUUUCUGGAUCUCGGUCAGAACGAGCCGACCUUCUCAAGUCUCUUCAGGAAAUAGAGGAUCACAGCAAUCAGCAAGAACAACCGGGAACGGUUCGAGAACAAAUCGAGGAAUUGCAUGAUGAAGAACCUGUCAUUCCAGAAGAUAUACAAAAUCAGCCGAAGGAGGUAGUGGGACAGUACGUUGAUCAGCGUAUCAACCAGCUCAGUGAGCUUCGAGACCGGCUUGAAGAAGAGUACGACUACGACACCUAUGACGAUCCUGAAUACGACAAUCAAGAGUAUGAUGAGGAACUCAGCGACACGGAAUCCGAGAUAUCAGAGGAAGAAAAGAUGCAGGAGAUACGACGGUUAUUCUUGAUCCAGGUUAUCAAGCUUUUUCAAGAGCGGUUGAAGAACGCUUACAAGGAAAAACUUUCUCAGGAUCGAACGAGAAGGUUGAUAGAAGAGCUUGAAGCCGAAGAGAACGCCAAGAAGGAGAAAGAGCUCAAGAAGUUGAAGCAAAAGGAAAAAGCGAAAGAGAAGAAACGGCUUCAACAAGUUGCGAAAGAUGAAGAGCGUAGGCGAAAGGAGGAAGAAGAAAGAGCUCGUGAAGAAGAAUUGCGGUUGAAGCAGGAAGAAUUGCGUGCUGAACAAAAGCGUCGCAAGGAAGAAGCAAGGCAGAAGAAGGAAGAGGAAAAGAGGAAGCGGAUCGAAGAGUUGCGAUUGAAAAAGGAAGCUGAAAAGAAGAAGCAAGAAGAGAAGGAGCGAAAGGAAAGAGAGUUGAAGGAGAAAAAGGAGCGGGAACUGAAAGAGAAGGAGGAACGAGAAAUGAUGGAAAAGAAGGAACAGUUGAAGAAGGAGCAACAGCCAAAAGUUGAACAAACUCAAGAAAAGCCACAAGCUCCCCCUUCGCAGACAAGCCAGUCUAAUCCCAGCGUUUCUGAUCCCAUCUCUUCUCGUCAAGAUAAUUCUGUGUCUUCUCUCGAUCCAACACACGAUCUUCAAAACGCCAUUCUGAGUGGACUUGAACAGCUUUCUUUGGGCCAACAGCCAAUGUCUCACAUUCUGUCUCAGCCUUCUCAGUCUAUCUCCCAACUACCCAUUCAGCCUCCAAGUCAACCUUUCUUGGAUAUGGACCAAAUACGAUCCCCGGUGACUGCUCCAGCUAUGCCCACUCAAGCUCAAAUGCCCCAAUCGGCUAGAGGACUGCUCUGGGGCCAGCCGGUGAACAACUUUAGUCCGUUUAGCGAAGGUGUUUGGGGCUCGAGAAAUAACUCUAUCUGGGGAAACAGCUCGAUGAGUGGAGGAAGUAUUGGAUCAGGAACUAUGGGAUCAGGAACUAUUGGUUCAGGAACAAUUGGUGGCUCUGCAAGUAUCUGGGGUUCACAAACUCCAACUCUUGCAAAUACCACAAUGGGCAUGGGACUCCAAUCUGGAAUCAAUGGAAUUCAGGGACUUUCUCUUGAGAAGGAAAAUGGUUCUGCUUCAAUUGCGGGUACCCCAGGAAACUCACUUCCAGGAAAUUCCCUUCCUCCAAUUUCUCGAAACUCACUUUCCGGAAACUCAAUUCCUGGCUCAAUUCCUAGCUCAAUUCCAGGAAAUCUUUCUGGCUCACUUCCAGGAAAUCUUUCCGGCUCAAUUCCAGGUAGUCUUCCUGGAAAUCUUGCUGCAAAUUCUCUUCCUGGGAUGAGCCCUUCGAUGUCCGUCCCGUUGCCGCAACCCUUCCCAGCCAACGUAGACAACGAGAUGAUUCGCACGGCUGCUUACCAGGCAUUUAUGCUUCUACAGAACUCCAACCAGCUAGAGUACGGUUUAGCUGCUGCCGUUAAACUCUAUCAAACCACGAUUUUGGUGUUGUCUAUGGAAGUCAGUUUCAGCCAAUUUCUCGGGCUGUGUCGAGACGAUAUCGAGUCUAGUUAUCGUUUCGAUUAUGUGUACGACGACUAUGGCGCUGUGAGCCAUAUCAAGGCUUCAUUGAGGAGCAGUCUCUGGAAUUGA